GGCCGCUCCGCUCCCCUGGGUGAGCGCGCGCGGGCGCGCGGCUGGGGGAGAAGCGCUCGGGCCAGCUAAAGGUGAAAGCAAAUCACCCCCAGCGCUACUUGUGAAGGGCUUGGAUGCUGCGGUGAUGGGCCGGUGCCCCAUCGGUGGAUGGAACGCUCUUGGCUGUAUCACGGCUCCCCCUCACCAGUGUUAGUUCUCCUCACUCUUUCUGCAGCACAAGACACAGCUGUUUCGGAGUUAAAAUGGAAAAGUACGAGACCCUUGGGCUAGUCGGAGAAGGAAGCUACGGAAUGGUAAUGAAGUGUAGAAAUAAAGACAAUGGAAGAAUAGUCGCCAUCAAGAAGUUUUUGGAAAGUGAGGAUGAUAAAAUGGUUAAAAAAAUUGCCAUGCGAGAAAUCAAACUACUCAAGCAACUUCGACAUGAAAAUCUGGUGAACCUGCUGGAAGUGUGUAAGAAGAAGAAACGAUGGUAUCUGGUGUUUGAAUUUGUGGAUCACACACUCCUCGACGACCUUGAGCUGUUUCCACAUGGACUAGAUUACAAUAGAGUUCGGAAAUAUUUAUUUCAGAUUAUAAAAGGAAUAGGAUUUUGUCACAGUCACAAUAUAAUACACAGAGACAUUAAACCAGAAAAUAUAUUGGUCUCUCAAUCAGGAGUUGUAAAACUCUGUGAUUUUGGAUUCGCUCGUACUCUGGCAGCCCCUGGUGAAGCUUACACUGACUAUGUGGCAACGCGAUGGUACAGAGCUCCAGAACUGUUGGUUGGCGAUACCAAGUAUGGCAAGGCUGUGGAUGUGUGGGCCAUUGGCUGUCUGGUCCCAGAAAUGCUUACAGGAGAGCCCCUGUUUCCUGGGGACUCAGACAUUGACCAGCUGUACCAUAUCAUGAAAUGUCUGGGCAAUUUAACUCCACGGCAUCAAGAGCUGUUCUAUAAAAAUCCACUCUUUGCUGGAGUGAGGUUGCCAGACGUCAAGGAGGCCGAACCUCUUGAAAGACGGUAUCCCAAGCUCUCUGCGGCAGUGUUAGAUUUAGCCAAGAAAUGCUUGCAGAUUGAUCCGGACAAAAGGCCAUCCUGUGCUGACCUAUUGCAGUGCAAUUUCUUUAACAAAGAUGGAUUUACGGAAAGAUUUGCUCAGGAGCUUAGGUUAAAGAUCCAGAAAGAUGCCAGGGACCAUCCUUUGCCAAAAAAAUCAAAAAUUAGCAAAAAGGACAAAGAUGAUUCUUUAGGAGAAGAAAGAAAAAUGCUUGAUAUCCAGGACUUCAACAUUGAUCCAAAGAGCAAAGAUCCUAAACUGUUCAAGGUGAAAUUAUCCAAAGCUGAGGUGGAGAAAGCUGACAGAUCUUCCAAUAUGAGCUGCCUGUAUGACAGUGGAACCAGUCAGUUCAAAACAGUCCCUCCGACAAGCAUGAAAGACUCCAGCAGCAGCUUGGAUUACAUAAAGAAUCCAGGCAUGGUUAUUCCUCCCAUUACCCCGAACCUUGCCACCAUCACGCCCAAUAUAAGUGUUAACUCUGGGAUGGGAACUAUGCCUGGAACCCAUAAUUACAGAGUUGAUGAGAAGACUAAAAAAUACUUAACCCCUUUUAUAAAGCAAGGGAAACAUUCACCAGCAGGGCAUUACAAUGUCAGCUUGGGCACAUCGGUCUCAAAUGAAAAGAACAUUCUUCAGGCAAACAAGAAAAGAUGGGAAUUCUCCAAGACAGAUGUGCGUUUGCCCGAGCUAAACUAUAACCAUCUCCCUGAACUGAAAGGAAUGGACGCUCGAAAUUCCAGAUUUGUCAGAAAGGAGAACAAAACAGUCUCAGAGUCUCGCAUUCCGUCCCUUGCCACCAUCGAUCUUCACAACCCGAGCCUGGCUUUGCAACAGAUAUCGGGAACAUCACUGCCAGAUGCUUCAGAAGCCAGCUUCCCUCGAGUAGAACGCUAGCCCGGAGAAGAACUGAGGAAUUGGGUACAUUUUGCCUCUGAAGUGUAUGUAUUACUUUCUGCAGCGUAGCCUCUUGUUGCCUUUCAGAAAGAACACUUGACAAGGGCUGAUACCUUUUGUGGGUUUACUGAAGAGAGAGCCUUCCAAUGUUCGAUAUCGCCAUUUGCAGCAUACGCGUGUUUAGAACGUAUUUGUGCUGUUGCCAAGCAGGAAAGACCAGUGCAUGACUUUGUGAAUGGGUCCCUUUUCCUGUAUCGUGCCGUGUAGUUCCAUGCAUAUGCAUCUUGAUCCUAAGUGGAUUUUUUUUUUUGUGAAACUGACUGGAGGUGUUUGGCAUUAGAGAGGGGGAUGGAAUGCAUUACGGAAUUGUGUCUCUUCUGAAAAGAUGGUUACCCAACAAUGAAACUAAGUCAGUGUGUUAGGAUACUGACCAACUCCUGGCCUGGGGAGAGGAGCUGUACCCAGAGGUGGAUGAGGUUUUGUGGGGCCCUGGGCCAGAGUAAGUGUGGGUCUCUCCUCACCACUUCUGCAUGCCGUGCCUUUCUUCCCCCGGCGCUCCUGCCAGGGAAAUGGGGUUAGAGCGCGUGGGCUUAUCCCACCCUGCCCAAUGCUCCUGCCGGGGGCUGGGGGAUCACCCGCUCCCUGGCAGGAACACCUGGCGAGCAGAGCGUGGUCAGGAUGCAUGCCCAUUUUUCUGGGGCCCUCCCAAUUGGCCAGGGCCCUGGGCACGGGCCCAGUGGCUAAUCCACCACUGGCGGUACCAACGGCAUCCAAUACAGUUAUCUUGUAGUAAAGUAUUUUUCUUUAAAAACAACAACAAAACCAUAUUUAUGGCCAGUGGAGAGCCCCAGGUCUCAGUGAGAGAGCGCAGGGUUACCAACACUUAUGAGCCAAGAACAGAUGAUAACUCCUGCACUUAAACCUUUUUAAAGAGAGAGAGAGCUGGCAGAUUUAACAGACCCAAAAGAGAGUGACGUACGGGAAACUUAGAUAACGGAAGAACAAAUUCACUGAGACUACAUGUUAAAGAAACACUGUCACCAUAAAAAUUGUCAAUGGAAAAUGUAUCAAUAACGCCUACAUUUAAAAGUUAAAACUGAAUGAAUUUUAAAAAUCUAAUAUACUUUUUGUCAUGUGUUUACUGUUGUCAUUUCACUAAUUUUGGGUAGUGAAACGUGAAGUGCUCGCUUUCCCUGAUUGGUUCCCAGGCUCUGGCGUAGAGCUGGUGUAUUUUGAUUUCCAACUCUACAGGGGACUGUUGAAAUUUUAAUAAAUCAUGUUUUUGUGAAAUCUUUACAAAUCAUCAGUAUAGAUAUACUUGUGUUGUGGUUUUUUGUAACACCCUGUUUAAUAUGAAAUACUAAUUUUGGUCCUAAACUACUGACAACAUCACUAAAAUAUCAGAACUGUUUGAAGAUAAAUUAUUUGUGCAUUGCCUGCAUAUCCUCAUCUGUGUACCUCACCCCGUCAGCAUCCUCCUGCAAAUACUGACCCUGCUCCUGAACCAGAUUCAGUUGUUGGGAAGGGCUAAGGGAUUACAGUAUAUAAAAUCCACUUCAGGGAUUGUUACCAUCCGAAAUCAAUUAAAUCAAGAGAUGUCUCUAGCGUUUAUAUUGAGAAUUUUUGAAUGGUUUAGGAUUCUCUAGCAUUAGUGACUAUAAAUUGUUGAAAUGGAUCUGACAGCUGCUUAAAGAAACUGUCAAGUUGAAAUCUCGUCAAUUAAAGGAAGUGCAUUAAAACUAGUUUCUGGUGUUUCAACUCUACCAGUUGUUGUUAUACAGUCACAUUUUCCUGUUUGUGGGUUGUGUGUGUAGGUUAUUUUUGUGGGUUUUUUUUAUAUAUCUUCCUUCUUGCUGAAGAAAAGACUUACACAAAUAGGGGGAACUGACUGACUUUGCAGAGCGAAUGGUAAAACUGAUUAUACACACACUGCUAUCAAAUGCACAAAGUAAAUAAACUGCAAAAAGGAAGAAAUCAUGUUUGCUGACUACUUUCAGUUAUAACAACUGUUUUAUAGGUUACUUUUCUAACUGGGCUACAGUGGGAACUGCUAGGGGUUUAGCACUCUUGAAAAGCCUGUUACUUGUUUAGGAGCCUAAGUAAGGACUUAGCCUAACUUCUUAAGCUGGUGUCUUUAUAAAGUCCUCACCAUAGUCAUGGAUACAAACUAUUAAGACAGAAGCAUGACUUUUAAAUUGGUGUCUCUUUUUUGCCAGGGUGGGGGUUGUUUUUUACUUUGCAUUAUGACACAAUUUCCCGCCGUUCUUGGUUUGUUUUUUUUUAACUCUGAAGUCCUAGGUGCAUUUUUGAAAUAGCCUCUCAGUGUAAAGGAUGUGUGCAGGUUUCUGUCCAAAAGGAAAAUGUAUUUCCCAUUUUGAGAAAAAUAAAGAUUGUUCUAGUCUGUGCAGAUUAUUAUACUGUACUUGUCACCAUAGUUCUGAGCACCUUCUGAUUAUGCACUGAAGUAUGUGACUUACAUCUGUCAUGUGUGGUUUGUUCUCUUUCAGCCUAUCCCCAGGUGGAGAAUUGUGUGCGUAGUGUACUGUUUCGUUUUGGUAGGAUGUUUUCCUUAUGUGCACACUUUUCUAUAUGUGUGUCAGAGAGGGCAGGUCACAGCAGUGUGCCUUGUACUUGGAGAAGAAGGUGGUGAGGUUUGGAAGGUCCCUUAGUUCCUGGGUGGAGUUUGUUCCUCAGUCUCAGACCAGCUUCUUCAGACAAAACUCUGUGUCCUGGGCAAACAAGCUUUACUCUUAACGGUAGAAAGUUCUGUUGUGCCAAAGGGGCGGAGUUAUCAACCAUGGUCCUCCUGCCAGGGCUUUGGGUGAUCUUUCAUUAUCCUGGGCCCAGGCCAUGGAGUGCCUUGAAGAUGGGGACUGAGACCUUGAACUUGAUGUGAUAUUCUCUGGGAAGCCAGUGUAGGGAGUGGUGACCGGGCCUGAGAUGUUUUGUGGUGGCCUGUGUUGCUGAGGAGAUGCUUUCUGUACUAGUUGGAGUUUCCUAAAUGUUGAAGGCUUCACGCCCAGGUAUAUGGCAUCACUGUAGUCCAGAUGGGAGGUGACAAAGGCGUAAGUAACUGAAGCCCGAUCAUCGUUGUCUGAGAUGGAAUGCUGUUUCCUAGCCAAUCGGAGGUGGUGGUAAGCGUUAAUCACAGUUGCUGCUAUAUGAGAACUUUGCGUUAGUGAGAAAUCCAGGACCCUCCAAAACUAGACUGCAUUGACCAGUUGUGGGUGUAUGCCUUCAACCCAAGGAGACCGCACCACAGCUACAAAUUCUUCAAAGUGCUUCCCUCUGCCCACCAGCGUCGCCUCUGCCUUAGAUCAUAGAAUCAUAGGGUUGGAAGGGACCUUAGGAGGUCAUCUAGUCCAGCCCCCUGCUCAAAGCAGGACCAAUCCCCAGAUUUUUACCCCAGUUCCCUAAGUGGCCCCCUCAAGGAUUGAGCUCACAACCCUGGGUUUAGCAGGCCAAUGCUCAAACCACUGAGCUAUCCCUCCCCCUGGUUUGGCUUCAACCAGCUGUCCUUCAUCUGGGAGCUGAUCGUCUCCAGGCACUGGGGUAUCUUGGAGGUAGUGGGGGUGGUCAGAUGUGGUGAAAGACGGGUAGAGCUUGUGCCAGUAUUAAUGCUUUAAAUGUAAUGUGUUCUCAACCCAGAGUGGAUGAGGUUUAUUCAUAUUUGGAGGAUGGCAUUUGGUCUUGCCACAACACCUGGAGAUUUAGUACACAACCGAGUCUAGCAGUUCUCUAGUGGGACGUCGAUAACAUUUAUGAUAAAGGAAGCAGGCGUUAUGAUUGGCCUUGAGCUACCAUCGGGCUCUUCUAGCACCCAGCUCUGCCCAAGGACAGAGGGCUCUCCAUUAGCAGGUUGCGAUGCAGGAUUGGGGACUGCAUUAGUAAAUUUAUGAGGACACGCACCUUCAGAUGUGGCAGCUCAUUUUCCAGAGUGGUCCUAGAGGUCUUUCUGUAGCUCAUUUAUCACUGGGAGUUGGUUUGGGCUAUGAUGCCGGUAAUCAUGGAACUGAAACUGCUGCAUAUUAGCUGCUGCUCUUACAAACAGCCCUGAGGCUUUUGAUAGCUGCUGUUUGGUACUGGAGAUCUUCAGGCGGACACUCAGGGUGUGGGUACCAGUGUCCACAAAGUGUUACAAUAAGAACAUUGAGCCCUUUCUCAAAACGCCGUCCAAAGGUGGCUGUGUAUUGAGUAAAUGGCAUGUGCGAGGUGACAUAGCCAGUUCAGUGGCUGAGCUGGGAACAGAACCCAGGUUCUCUGCUCCUACUCCCAUGCCCCAGUGGUCUGUGAGCUACUGCCCUUACUGCUACAUCACAUACAUCAGGUUGGUUUGUCUUUUACAUUUUGCUUUUGUUCAUUCUUCCUGUACCUGAGGAUGAGAUCUCUGACCCAGGAGCCUGAGAGGGAAGCGAUGGACAGUAACUCCCCAAGUGUAUAUAAAAAUGUGCUGUGUAUUUCAUUAUCAAUACUUGGAUGCAAAUAUUUAUCAGUAUGUUUUAGUGAUAUUCUGUUAGUUUAAUGCAAUGUUACCAGUUUUGUAUUGUGCCCCUUAUAGUUCACUUCCUUGUUUUUUGUCAUAAUUCUUGGACUCUGAUAUCAGUUUCCCUUUUUGAGGAAGUGGAACAGUCACUGUCUUUAUGGGGUGUUCUUAGCUUUGUGCCUCAGCACUGACCUGGGCAACUCCUUGCUGAAAAACGUUUCUUGAUCUUAAAAUCAAAGGUGGUUUGUUUUAACUCUGCUCCCAAUGUAUGUCUAAUGCAAAUGUGCUUGUAGAUUCCUUCAUAUGAUCAGCCACAACGUAUGAUUCAUUGGAAAAGAGAAUAAAAAAAUGAUAGGGUUUGAAUGGGAUAAAGAACAAAAAUAAGAAUGUUCCCCUGUGUUCACUUAUCUAUGGAGAGGUUAGUUUCCUGUGCAUAGUUUGGUAUGGGUAAGUGUGUGUGGUAAGUGAAAACAAGAGAGCAUAUUCCUAAGGCAAGGCCACUGCAUUGAUUUAUUUUGUCUGUCCAUAAUGGAGUCCUCUCUUCUAUUCCUCCACAGAGAGGGAAUUAACACAUGUGAGCGAAUUGGGGGGAAUUAUCCGUGAAAGCCUCAGGCUACUUGUGAUGCGCAGAGCCUUUGCAAAAGUGAGGUAGAUUCCCCUGAUGCUUGCUCUGUGGAUAAUGCAGCAGGCUGCAAGUCUCUGGGUAUCCAGUCAAGAUCCAGUUCUGUAACCAUCCUACAUACAGCGCUCCUGCUGCCGUCAGUCGGCGGGAUUAUUGCAUCAAACACAACCAUAAACUAGCGUCUUCCUGCCCAAGGGCCAAUCCUGACCGGUUGCUCAGAAGGCAGUGGUAGCUGUUGGUGUGCAGCAGGGGCAGAGUGUGGACUUCAGUUUUGAAGAGACA